GAUUCAGUCGCAGCAUCUUCAGAGGAGCAGAGCGGAGACACAUCCCAGCAGGAGGCGCAGCCCGGCAGGAGACGCAGCGAGCUGCAGGAGGAGGUGUUACUGAUCGACCAGCAGGAGAUCCUCCGCAGAAUCACCAUGAAGGCUCCGGAGGAGGACGGGCCGGACAUGAAGGCCGCGUCUCCUGACAUCCUGCUGGUCUUGGCCUCGGAGACGGACAGCAGCAGCG